UUGGGUAUGUUUCCAUAUAUAUUCCAACGCUUGCCGACGUAUCAAUCCUGUCUGAUUCUUUGGUAAGAUUGAAGCUAUCCACCCGCGUGGCGUACGUUGUAAAGUAAAAGUAAGUUAAUAAUAUUCUCGCGCCACAAAAGUUAGUUUAGUGGGUGUCAUUCAACGCCAUUACACAUAUUAGUUAUGAUGUCUGAUAUCCAAGAUCUUCCAAGACCUCGAAUUAAUUCAUCGAUGCUGUCACGAUAUAUUAGCAAACCCGUCUGUUUCCUCGGGCGUGUUGAGAAGGUACACCCAACUGGAAAAUCUUUCACGAUCACUGAUGGAGAGGGACAAUGUGUUCAUGUUGAAUUAAAUUACCCUCUUGCAGAGGAGCUUUCUGGAAUUGUAGAAGUCAUUGGAAUGGUGUCUAACAAAGGAGCUAUCAUGGCCACCACAUUCCAAUUGCUCCCAGAAGAGAAGGGCAUGAACUUUAACCUGGAAAACUACAAUGAAGCUGUAAAGAUCAUCCAUGACUUUCCCGAGCACUAUCCUUUUGGCAUGACUGCAGCUGAAUCCGAUUUAUUUUAAAGCAAAUGUUUUGCUUUGUUUUGUUCUGAAAGUGACAAAAAAUCAUUAUGAAUUAUAUGUAUCACUGAAACUAUUUCACAAUAAA